GGGCUGAAUAAAGAUAUCUGGACAAGGCAUUUGCCUCUUGAUGGUGACAUCCUAAACCUCGUAUCUUGAACCAUGCUGGACGAAAACCUACCCGCCUUCUUCUAUCGAAACUCGCCAGACGGAGUGGCACAUCACAAAGGAGUCUUCUUCUCCAUUCGCGGAUCUGAUCCGAGCCCCGCAUACAGCUUGAGGCACGGCGAUCCUGCCGCCGCCAAUUCUCGUAACUGCUACGCUGCCGGUCUCUUUGACUGCUACAACCCCGAGGUUCUCUACGGCGAAGUCUUGAUCAAACCGGAAUGGAGUCAUCCGUCCCUGUCUCAGGAGGAGAUACGCCGUAAUGGCGGUGUGCCGCCACCACCUACGCCCAUCUUGCCCACGCAAUUCACAGUUCAGCUGUACAAUCCCGACCUACAAGUGACGGUGACUCAGAGACCUGGUACUUGGGGAGGUAGCGCUUCGUAUGAAUUCAGUCUGCCUCAACUCGUCUUUCGCACUCCCUCAGCCUCGACCUUGGACCGAACACAAGAUGACCCUGGCGCAUCGCUGGUCACGCCGAAACUCAACUUUGUAUGGCGCAAGGAGAGCAAGCUUGCAAAGGACUUGACGGCAUACAUGACUGGCAAGUCGACAGAUGAAGUCGUCAAGAAGAAGCACAGAGAUCCGGACAUCAUCGUCGGUCUGUUCCGUUCUUUGCGGGAGCUGACCGUCUAUGAGCCCAACCUGUACCGUGUCGAGUUGGAAGACCCCAAAGGCCUUGAAUUGGUCUUACUACUGUCUGCUGCUGUCAUCAAGGACCUUUAUUUCUCUAAUGAUCUCAACCAAGUGUUCAACGUCUUCGAUCCCUGUCGCAUCGCCUCUCUACCUUCAGCUGCUGCACCCUCUCCUCCAUUGGCCGCCAAUGCCGACCGACGCAAAUCGUUGCCCCGCCUGCGAACCACUCCACCCACAGCAGCUCCGAUCCAGCGGCCUCCUCUAGCAGGUGUCGGUACCGCUUCCGCACCUGACCCCCGAACACAAUGGGAGCUCGACGCUGAGACCGCUCGCCUGCGCGCACAGGUCGAUGCCGAAGAACGAGAGAUGAAGAGACAGGAAGCUUUACGCCGCCGCGAAAGAGAAAAAGCAGAUGAAGCUGAAACACGACGCCUACGAAAAAUGGUCGAGGAUGAAGAGCGUGAAGCCCGUCGUCGUCAGGAAGAGGUCGAUCGUGAGACAGAGAGGCUUCGGAAGCAGUAUCGUCUCAAGCCGCCUUCACCGGUGGGCAAUCAAUCAAGACACUCUGCACCCUCGUUGCCAAUUCACCAGCAACAACAACAACAGCCUGGACCCUCGCGGCCUAGGCCUCAAGGACCUGUCUACUCCAGUAACGGAUUAGUCAUGAGUGGAGGUAAUCCGCAAGCAGCUCCUGCUCCUGCACCAUCCAAGAUGAAGAAGAAGAGCUUCUGGGGUCUGAGGAGCAACAGCGAUCAAAGUGGUACAAGCAACAGCAAGCUGAGCAAAAAGGCCAGCGCCGUCUGGUGAUGAACUUGCGGCGAGCUUCUGUACAUCAAUCAAUGAAGCGCAUAUACGCUUGAACACUUGAACAUACCUAGUCACGGUCUCCGUAUCGACAGUACCUACAUAGCGCCACGGCUUACAGGAGUAUUCGUCUACCUAGCGAAUUAUGGAGCAAGUGUGCUCAAACAUACCGGAGAAGCAUACUGCUCGGCGUUCGUAGGAAGGACAAGCCUGCAGGCAGUCACAUUGCAUCACUACGGAUAGCAAGGGACAUCAGAGGAAUGCAGAGGGCGUUCUCUAUCGAGGCAUUGGCAUGGCGGAGAGGGAGAACAGUUAAAUAGCAUAUGAUAUACUCAUUGACCAUCGAAAGCCGUCAACAC